AUGACACCUCCAUCUCCCGGCUAUGGCGACGCGGCCAAGGCGGCACACCUCAUCAAGGCUGCGAAGGAAUUAUUGCUCGGUGCCGGAAUCGAAGACUUCGUGGCCCUUGUCAAUGAGAACACUCGACUAAAGGAUGAGAAGAAGACACUUGAAAUAGACGUCAACAGUCGAGAUCGAAAGAUCGCAGAACUAAACCACAAAAUGGACGUUGCAAAAAGCCAGCUAACACGGCGUGACAGACGCUCGAAGCUCAACAAGAUAUUCUUGUCAGCCAGGGACAUGGCUGAAACCUAUUUCGGGGACAUGCCGCCCCAACUCCGGUCCAACUCCGCCCUCUGGGACAACCUGAAAAGACACCCGGCUUUCAGGAAGGAUAUCCCAAUUCCUCUGUCCGGCACUCUCGUGGCCAAAGAAAUGCGAAUGGCUGCCUUCCUCGCCUUUGUCGCGCACGAAAUGCGGCACAAUAUCUUCCAACCCACGUACCUGUUGCCGGACGUGGGCCUUGCCAGAAUUCUCGAUAACUUGGGCGACAAGGACUCAGAUCGCGAGGCUCACUUUCGUUCCGUGCUAGUACGCUUAGCUGAUCUCAGUCCCAGCAAUACCAACGCUGUCAUCGUCUCCCAUAUCAAUGUCGUGAUGGCCAGCGUCGCCGAAUACGUGCACGAUCUGAUCCCAGAAAAGUCCCAACCAAGCUUCGACGUCAAGUUUCGAAACCUCUGCACCGAGGCCGCCGAGCAAUGGAAGUUUAUCCAAAGGCUCGACGGCAAAAUCGAAUUUGAUGUCUCUCCCGACGUAGCCAACCCCCUCUACAACCCCACCUCCACCACCAACUCCGAACCCGGACCCUCCAACAACAGCAACAACACCACCACCAACACCAACAACGCCAAAUCCCGCCCCAACCCCAACAACAAAAAGUCCUCCAACCCCACCCCCGCCACCACCGCCACCACCACCACCACCACAACGGACCGGGACACCCCCAACCUCCUCACCGACGCCGUCGUAAUCUGGCCCGCCUUCUACAACCAAAGCACCGACGAGCAAGAGACCCUCAUGCCCGGCUUCCUGCUCACCGCCGGCCAGGUCGCCGUCGCCAAGGCCGAGGAAAAGAAGACCCAGCUACAGCAGCAGGGCCAGCAGGCGACGACGAGCCAGCGCCGCGCGCAGCGCCAGCAGACGCGCUCGUCGAGGGCGGUGUCUAUGUCGGCGGGGGUGGGGUCGGGUGCUGCGGGUGUGUUGGGGCUGGGGGGGUUGGGAUUGGAGGGUGGUGGUGGUGGGGUGCUGGCGGCGCAGAGUGCGGUGUCUGGUGGUUCGGGGUCGGGGACGGGGUCUUUUUUAUCGCAGGCGUCUGGGGGUGUGUUGUAA